AGGCAGAGGAAAAGCGUAACCUUUGACCCAGCAGCUGUAACUAGUUAAAAAACAUCAACGUCGAGUCGAUGAGUUAUCUUCAAUUAUUUGACGUUCUAAAAACAACUGAAACAACGGAGCUGACAAAGAAGAACAGGGAGUAGGUCGAGGAUGGCCACUGGAGACGAAAGUGAUGAUGGUCUGAAAUGUGCAAUAUGUCUGGAUGUUUACUGCAAACCAAUUAAGAUUACUUGUGAACAUACGUUCUGUGAAGAAUGCUUAGCUCCAUAUUUAGAUGUCCCCUCACCAAACUGCCCACUGUGUCGGAAGGUCUUUGACCCCAAGAAGAAGGCCAAAGCAAAAGACAUUGAGAAACAAAUAUCAUCAACUAAGUCUGUCUGCACUGGCUGUAGUAAGAAGAUGUCAAUGUCAAAAAUCCGAAGCCACACAGCAACCUGCCCCAAGAUGGGAACCAUGACAGACUCGGCUUCAAAAUUCAAGCCAGUAGCUACUACAUCACAGAAAGCACCACGCGAUGUUCCAAAUCGGUCAACCUUCAAGUGUCCAUUCUGCGGCCUUAAGAACCUAGACAGUAACGACCUGAACAGGCACUGCAACAAGGAGCACAAGGAGACCACAAUGUCCGUUGUCUGCCCGAUAUGUGCCUCCAUGCCCUGGGGGGACCCCAACUACCAAAGCAGUAACUUUAUUGAACACCUGAACCUGCGACAUAAAUUUGAGUACGAUACCUAUGUGGAUUACAAUCAGGACGAAGAGGAAAUAUUGCAGAAGGUUUUGGAGUCAUCCCUGCAAGACAAGUGACUUCAGUUGGCUUUCAUUGGUGUAUUGUAAAUUGCAAGUUACAGUGCAAGUUGGCAUUGGCAGUGCUGUCUUGAGAGGCCAAUCUCAUGGAUCGUCAAACACACAUUUGCUAACCACAGAUAAAUUUGGGGGAAAAAAAAUCAGAAUGCCAUUUGGGCCCAAUGUCAUAUCUCUGCUUACCUUUAGCAAAAAAUUGCCAAUUACUGUAGCAAAAAAAUCAGCGCUUUCAGUUAAUAGCCUAUUUCACAGGUUAGGGAGGAAUUGUGGCUUAUCUGCAUGGGUAAAUUCCAUUACUAAGAAUGCUGUGCUUACAGAGUUAGUACAAAUGAUUUUGGCCAGCGCUGUUAGCACAGGAUGGUGAUUAAAAGUGCAGAAUUCUGCGGUAAACAGAGCCAUAUAAUCAGGCCCUGAUGUAUGUAGUUUUGCGGUCCCAAGCUGAGAUUUUGCCAGAAAAUAUUUCUGAGCAGAAAUUUUCUGCAAAGCAGUCUUAAGAAACUGGUCCCAGAUCGUCAAGAUAUCUUGGACCUUCCCCACAACAGAGUGAAACAAUGGUCAGUGGCAUUAUAUCAAAUACCCCACACAUUUGCAUAGAUUUCUUGUCUGAAAAUUAAGGAAAGCUCAUCAUUUGCUUUUAUUAACCAAUUUGAAAAAAAAGUAAGAUAUUGAAAUGUUAUUGAAGAAAGAAAAAAUCAGUUAGCUGGGAAAUCUUCGAAUGUUUCAAACAAUAUUUUUAAACUUAGCGAUUCAAAUCAUAUCAAGACAUUCGGUUUGUAACAUAUAGUAUUUUAAUAUUUUAAUAUGUAAAUAGUUUGAUGGUUUGAACAGAAUUAUUUUGGCAUUUCAGAACAGUAGACAUGACACAAACGUAAUGGAUUGCAAAUAUAGAUUCUCCUGCAUCUGUGUACAUGUAUAGGUGAGCGGCCGCGGGCCAUCACCACGUUAUGGGGAAGUUUUUUAUUGUUAGGGAAAUUCAGACUGAGGUAUGGGGACUUUCUGCUGUCCCCAUAGUGUCUUCAGUUCCCAUAAUACCGUGGGACAACACGUGUGUAGUCCCCAUGGGUACGAAACAAGAAUGUCUCUACAUGUACAUUACACGCAACAUUUUUGUUGGGGCUCUAAUGGUUUUUGUUAUUUUUGUUAUAAAGUCAAAACUAUAUUAUGGCUGGGGCCACUACUGUAGUUGGGACAUAGUAUUUCUAUUA